ACGAAACCUCUUUUUAUUACCCCUGACAUCCAAAACACGACGCGCAGUUCCGAGAGCUGGGAGGAGAGGGAGAGGGAGAGCGGAGGAGCUCUCAUCCUUUAACAGAAGCUAAUCUGACAGUACACACACGGAAAGGACGCAGAGAAGUGAUUUGUACCCUUCGUUGUUUCUUAUUUUGACAAAUUUGGGAUCUAAAAGUUGAAUGAUACUGAGCGAGCUGCGUGCGUCAUCUUAUCGGAGACGCAGGAAGAAUGAAAGAGCAACGUGAGUCAGAUGAGUCCUGCAGGGAUCUAAGAGGGAAGAAUUCAGUGUUCCCGUGGUGCAGACAGACCCCAGACUGUGAGCCCCUGCAGACCUGAAGGGACCAGCUUUACUUCAUGUGGAGAACUUCACAUAUCAUCUCUGAGCUUCUGGCUGGACGUCGCCUCAGUUCAGCCGACACAGAGGCCUUUUGUUUCUUCUAGCUUCAACAAUUUAUUUUUACCUCUCUACUUGUGGACUUGAGAUCCAGCCUUGAAAAAUGAGGAGGUGAUAACAUUGCAACUCAAAUUUCUACCAGAAAAAGAUGGAAUGUUUUCAGCCUGUAAAGAAAACUGAGAGUUUGGAUCAUUGAAAGGAGUCUGGAGGAACCUUGAAGGGAAUUUAAAUGGAUGUUUCCAUUUCCAUUUUCCAUUCUGCUGAAACACCCAGAAAGGAGUUUUCUUAUCUUGUCUGUGAAUGUGUAUGAUUGUCCUGGAAUUACAGACACAUGUACGUGGUUACAAAUAUCAGGAAGGAUGCAAAAUAGUUUUUUUUCUGAAGAAAUUCAAGUUUUCAGACCAAACUAUUAGAUUUCUAACCCCCCAGUAACUUUCACAUAUAUAGAGACUGAUUUCUAAAAACAUUUUUACCUUCAAUGCUUCAAAAGGCACAAACAAUCUACUGUUUUAUUUCAACGUUUUGGUUUUCCUGCUCAUGCAUACCAAACUAUUAACUCAUUGCGAGUAUAUGUGAGUGCACAUUUUCUAUUAGAGGAUGCGGAUGUUAAUUGAUGGCCAGCCCUUCAUGAACACAACCAAUACUGUAAACACAGAACGAUUGAAAUACUCAAACAUGUGACAGAGAUGAUGAUUUUCACCAAUUUUACUGGUUUUCCUUGACGACAAUCUGAAGAAACUGAAGCCACCUUUGUGUGCAAAAUUUAAAAUAAACUCUGUACAAGCACAGAUAUUAUUUUUCUAGGUUUUAGCAGUGCUUUUUUGUGAUGAUUAUAUGGAUGUAACCUUGAUGGAUUUAAAUACAUCAGUAUUCCAGUCAAGUGGCUGAAACAAGCUCUCCUCGACUCCUUUUAUCACCUGCUUUUAUAUUCUAAAUCCCCUCCUUGGAUUAAAGCCCACUUGAGACCAAUGUCAGCCUUUUAACUGGACAUAUCUUUAACUCCAAAUGUGAUUAAUUUGGCUUAUUGAAUCCAGAGACUUCAGACCCUAGCUUGCCAGUUUUCAGAGGGAAACAGGACUUCAUAUUUCGCACCCCUCUGCACACCUGAGAACAUCUCUUCCUUCCUCGGGGGGACCACUUAGCCUGUCCCCUCACUGCCAUGGUGAUGUCACAGGGCACCUACACCUUCCUGGCCUGUUUCGCCGGCUUCUGGUUGGUCUGGGCCGUCGUCGUCAUGCUCUGCUGUUUCUGCAGCUUCCUGCAGCGCCGGCUGAAGCGCCGUCAGGAGGAGCGUCUGAGGGAGCAGUGCCUGAGGAGCGUAGAGAUGGAGCCACUCGGCUGUCACCCUGCCGGAUACCCCUCUGUCCCUCCACCGCCUCAACCACCACCUCCUCCGCCUACACAGCUACCCAGAGAGCCACCACAAUUCUGCCCGCCUCUUCAGACUCUGUCCCCUCCUGUUCCUCUGCAGGUUCCUCAUCCCAUGCCACAGGCCAACUGGAUCACCAUGCCAGGGGGAGAUAGAGAGUACAGCAUAACCUGGAGCCAGGAGGAGGAGGAGCCUGUUUGGGCUAGGUUUCAACCCACCCCAUCAGACACAGAUAUAUUUGGAAAGCCGCCCUGCUAUGAAGAGGCAGUCCUCAUGGAAGACCCUCCCCCACCCUACAGCGAGGUUUUGGCCGAUCCACGAGGGGGAACCUACAUAAAGCCUGCCCCACUACGUGCUGCACCUGUGCCACCUCCCCCCAGAGAACACCUUGACCCUGCUCCGGUGUUCACAUCAGAGACCAGCAAGCCUCCUGUGAUGACAGUAUUCCCAGAGCGAGGUUACUCCUCACUGAUACGCCUGCCCUCAUCACAGCGCUGGGACUCCCUGGGCCAUCUCCUCUCCAACAUGGACCUGAACCACAACAACCUGACUCCACCAGGGGCUCGGUCCAUGCAGGCUGCAGCAGCAAUGGCUACCAUGCCUCGCCGAGAGCCAAGGACUCACCAUGAUGGUCAUGGGCUACGAGGUGGAAUACAAGGACUACAAGGAAGCUUUCAUGGAUUCCAAGGAAGCAUACAAGGAAUCCGAGGGGGAGUACAAGGACUCCAAGGAGGAGUACAGGGGUUCCAAGGAGGGUUACAGGGGCUCCAGGGGGUCCAUGGACUGAGAGGAUUGGAGCCCAGCUGUGGCCUUCCAACAGCUUACCCCCUGCUAGGUCGAAGCACCGCUGUCUAAACCUACCAAUCUUUCUUAAAAGCUUUCUAACGGCAGAUCUAUGGAGACCGAUCUCCAUGUCUUCUAAGCUGCUAAGUGUUUACAGCACUAACUCUGCAUUAAGUGGAGGUUUGAUUCUCUGGAUAGCCAAAUGAGGGUUACAGUGCUGCAAAGGUGACAAGAGUUCAGCUCCCGGUGCAGGUCUGUGGGCAGGAGAACCACUUGCUAUGCUUGGAUGCUGGCUUUUAACUGUGGGUGUAGGUUAAAGAGCACAUUUAACACAGUGUCAGUGGUGGUGGAGUCACAGAGGUUUCUUGGAGUCAUGGGGAAGCUAAUCGAGUUUAAUUGAGGUGUGCUUUGAACUGCAGAGAAGCAAAGAAAUGAACCUGUAAUGAGGUAAAGGACAAGCAGCUGUUUCUCUUCUUUCAUCCAGACUGUUUGCCCUUUAUUUUCAUCUCUACCUCCCCUUUUCAUGCCACCCUCUUAUUCUGCUCUGUUCAUCCCACCCCUCCUUUCCUUUCUCUGUGACUGAGAAACCUAUUGUACCAGUCUGCUGUUACCAUGGCUCCCGGGAACUGUUGGUUGCUCACGACGACCUCUCAUCCUUUAGCUGCUCUGAUUUUUGAGGACUGUGUUUGCAGCUUGUCUCCUCUUGAAGACUUUGAGUAUCAGCAAUUAUAAAAGAACACGUGCCGGCCAUCAGCGUCAUCACGGUUGUCAUUGAAAUGCUCCAAAGGCCAGUUAUCCUCAAAGGUAGAGCAUGACGAGCUGAAGGGAACCAAACAGACAUGGACUGAAUUUUUUACCAGCUGCUUUAUUGAUUCAAUGUCGUCUUUACUAUAGAAGCUGUCAAACAUUUGGCCCAUUUGCGAUCGCAGGACGGCGUUCGAUGGGUCAUUCUGUGGAAAAAACAAACAGUUUUUCAUGUACAAUUUGUAAUAACUCUUUAAGCUUUGUGACAUUAUUUUUCUCUUGUGAAAUAAAAUAUCUUCUUCCAUCUUCCAUCUUCCUAUUAUUUAUGGAUCAGUAUAUAAAUGCCCAUUGCAAAGAGCCAGCAGUAAUCCAUGAAAUAAGGAUUCAAUCUUCUGUGACACUUUAAAAAACUUGAAUAAAAGCCAUUCACUUUACUGAGUGUUGUUUUUAUUAGUUUUUAAUUUGUCUGUUCAAUGGUUUUGUUUUCAUUUUGCAUUGAGAAUCAUGGGGUGUACAGGUCUCCUCUAGGGGAUGUUCAGAAGUGACUAAUCUACAAGUCAUUUAAACUGUUAUGGUUUGAAAGGGAAAAACAAAAGUAAAGAACCCAAAUGCAGAUGAAAUAAAACCAAGAGAUAAACAAAAACACACAAGGCACACUCGGAGAAAGCAGGGGAGGAGACAAGAUGAACUGACCAAGAGAGAAGGGAAGCAGAGAUAUUAAAAACACAACAGGUGAUCAAACACAGGUGACACACGAGACACAGGCUGUUUUCGAAACUGCCUACUAUAUUAGCAGUACGUACUGAUUUGGCCAAAAUUCAGUAUGUAGUUAGCAGUAAGUGAACAAGAGCAAAAUCUGCAGUAUGCCAAAACUAUGUGCUAUGAAAAUUAUUAUAUUACAUAUAAACAACUUCUUAACUUUUUAAAUCAUAAGUGAUGCUAAAGAAGCAGUUUAUCAGCUUGGCCGUUGUUUACUUGCGCUUUCCGGAACUGGAAAUCCAGUGACAUCUGGCCCAGCAUACUGCAGAACAGAUCCAACAGAACAGUCGUAGCUACUACGUACUAAAUUCAAACACAUUAUGCAGUAGGCAGUACCUACUGCAAAAGUUGUCAGCUGCUUGAUAUUAUUUGAAAGACAAGCUUCAUUUCUUAAAGGUAGUAGCUUUCUGCCUGUCCACUUUACUAAUGCUAAAGUGCAACUAUUUCAUGAGAUACAAGCCAAUCUCAGAUCCAUCAACUUUUACUUUUUUUCUUGUAACAAUGCAGCCUCUUGGGGUAAAGGCCUUCAGUGUUGCCAGCAGUUUGAACUGUCAGCCAAGCCUUCCUUUGUCAAGCGUUGUCUUUUUAAUGGUCCAUCUGGCAAUUUGAGAAGCAGGAUGGAGAUAGUGUUUGGAAAUAACAUCUAGAGCUGGAUUGAAAGCUGCCUUUGCGUGCAAAUGUCUGUUGAAAAAUGGAAAUACAGUGAUAUUAUCAUUAUAUGACUUUCGAUAGGUUCAGUGAUUGCAUUAUGGCAGAUUACAUUAAGCCCUUUACAAUUCUGAGAAUUCUGUUAUAUUUAGUUUGCAGAAUCUGCAAAUAGAGAUUCAGUACAAACUAACAUGCUAAUAUCACAACAGCUUAAAGGAUAUGCCACAGUAAACAGAGUGGCUUUAGUACAGAAAACAACCCCAACACCUGACUAAACAUUUAAAGAUGGCAUGGCAUCCCAAUAAAUCAGUGUUUGGCGUCUCAUGUUGUUCAUCCCACACGUUAACAUGUGACCACUAUUCUUUUGUCACCAUUUUGGUUCUCAAAGGAAAGUCCACAAAACUCUAAAUUGGAAGCAUAAUUGAAAGCACUAAAAAAGCAUUUGCUACACAACCCUUCUUUAAAACCAGGUAGACCUCUGUGAUCGAGGAAUGUAUGACUAAGGUUGUAUGCUAAUAGCCAAAAGGGAACAAUUUACUUACUCUCUUGAAAACAUAAAAAAAACCCUGAUUGAUUUAUCCUGGAGGGGAAUUUUGUGUUUAUUUUAAGAUAGUAUGACUCAUGAAUGUCUACCAUUUAAUACCACAUAUUCAUCAGAAACAUCUCUCCUUGUUUCGUCAUUUCUGUGAUUAUUAAUAUUGACUGAUUAAAAUAAAUCCACUAAGGAGAAUCUAUUCAACAGUCCUGAAUGUAUGAUCUGUAAAAUACAGACUGCUCCUUUUUUCAUCA